UGUAUGGGAAAUAAAGGAAUCCAGGUUUCUAUCGUUCAUAUGUCACCCUCAAAGAUUCCACGCGUCUUGGAUGGAUCCGACCUACCCACACCAAAAACCCUUAACCUCAUUCCCACCCACCUAUAAAUUCCCAAAUCAUGUCUUAGUAAUCUCACAAUUCUUUCAAACUUGCAAACGUACUUGAUCAAACAUCCAUGGCGUCUGAGAAUUUCAACUCUAAUGGUAAUGCCUCCGACUUGCCAUGGGAGAAUGGUUUCAUGGAUGCACUGUCUCUUGUUAACUCUGAGAAAGCUGUAAAGGAAAUUAUCGAACAACCUCUUGUCGAGGGGAUUGAAGAGCAUCUCGUGGAGUUUUCAGAGGCCAUGAGAACUGUUAGCAAGGCUUUAAGACGAGCAGCAGAAGGAAAAGCCUCUGCUCAAGCCGAGGCUGCAGAAUGGAAACGCAAAUAUGAACUGGAAAGGGAGCAAAAUUCACAGUUGGAACAUAAAGGUCUUCAGAUACGAGAGCAGAAUUCACAGUUGAAACAUAAAGUUCUGACAUAUGUGGAGCUUAAGAAUAACUGUAUUGAGAAGAAAGUAGAAAACUCAGUGCAACACCUUGAAAUUGUGCCUGAUGCACAAUCUCAAGAGUAUCGUGGAAAGAGUUGGAUUUACACUCACGAGGUUCUUUGGGACAAGGAGCAUAACUCUUGUUCCAGUGUUCGUAACAAGCUUAUCCGGAAGGCAUCAUUCAAACUACAUUGGUGGGCCAAAGGUGAAAAUAAUGAUCAACAUAAACACGACAUUGUCUCCUUUGAAAAGGGAGACAUAACGACAGCAGAGCGUAGCAGUAAACAGAUUUGUUUGAAAUGGGAAACUCCUCCACAGACUGUCCUCAUUGUGAUAAAACCAGAUUCACCUCCUGUCAAAGAUCUUUGUGCAAAAAUGGUCAGGUGGUUGAAGGAGAAGAAGUUAAAUAUUUAYKUGGAACCACRAGUAAGAACRRAACUUGUAUCAGAGUCCCCAUACUACAACUUUUUGCAAACCURGAAAGAUGAGGAUGACAUUUCGCUUCUGCAUGAGAAAGUUGAUCUUGUUGUAACUCUUGGUGGGGAUGGAACCGUGCUUUGGACUGCAUCAAUGUUUAAAGGACCUGUUCCUCCAAUUGUGCCGUUUGCUUUGGGUUCCUUGGGUUUUAUGACUCCAUUUCGUAGUGACCAGUUCGUGGAACGUCUCAAAUCAAUCCUACAAGGUCCGAUUAGCAUUACACUUCGACAUCGAUUACAGUGCCAUGUGAUUCGUAAAGGAGCUAAAAACGAACAUGAGACUGAAGAGCCAAUACUGGUGUUAAACGAGGUUACGAUUGAUCGUGGAAUUUCAUCAUUCCUUACAAAUUUGGAAUGCUCCUGCGAUGGCUCAUUUGUCACAUGCGUACAAGGAGAUGGCUUGAUCAUAUCAACGACUUCCGGGAGCACUGCAUACUCUCUUGCAGCUGGAGGUUCAAUGGUACAUCCACAGGUUCCUGGCAUCUUAUUCACCCCAAUUUGUCCACAUUCGCUUUCUUUCCGGCCUCUGAUAUUCCCCGAAUACGUGACACUUAAGAUUCAAGUGCCGCUCAAUAGCCGAGGUAAAGCAUAUGCGUCGUUUGAUGGGAAAGGCAGAAAAGAGUUGGUUGCAGGCGACACACUUGUGUGUAGCAUGUCUAUUUGGCCCGUGCCCACAGCUUGUCAAGGGGAUUCGACCAAAGAUUUCUUGCACAGCAUCCAAGAUGGCCUGCAUUGGAACUUGAGGAAGAAACAGUCGGUUGACGGACCUCGGAAACCGUAAUCUGUUACUCGGGUUCCUCACUGGAAGGAAUCUAGUGUUCUGUCUGUGUGAAGAAAGCUUCAUUGCCACCUUAUGCCCUUUUUUUCCCCUUGAUUUCGAAGUAUUUGCAUGUUGUUAACCUGUAAUUUUAUGUUGUCAAUGAUGUAAUGGACAAGAUUGGAGGAAUGCAUACAAGUAAUGAUUUCUUAUAAUGGC